AUGACUGACCCGUACUAUUGUCUACGCUGUUCCUCAAUAGCGAUUGGAGUUUAUAACUUGGUAAAGACUAAGUUUUGUCAACAAUACUUUUGCUGAUAACAAACCAAAUAAAUAGAAUUUUUAGAUCUAUUGUCUAUUCCAAUUUGGGGUGUUGGGAUGGCAAACACAUGUCGUAAAGACGUUCCAAUGGGAGUACGAGAAUCGGCAGUUACCUCCGACUCACGCGUAAGCCACUUUCCUAUUUGUGCCUACAACAAUAUAACUUAUCUAAAAUAGUAUUCUUUAGUGUUGAUGGGUUCCAAGCGCGGUUUCCCGGUCUCUAUGCCAUCUAUACCGAGACUCCGGAGAGACGAAAGAUCAAUGGUAAGGCCCUCCCCUAUCUGUACCUUAUUGUUUUCAGCUCUUUAUGUCAUCGUUUUGAUAAGUAUCGGAGUAACUUUUGUACAUCUACUUACCACUUGUCUCUUAUUAUAUGGAGUCAUCAAGGUGAGUGAACCCCAAAAUAGCUUUAUUGAACAUUUAGAGGAACCAUUCGUUGAUUUGCCCGUGGUUUUUCACCUGUGCGCCCUUAAUCAUCCUCACCACGGCUUAUGCGAUUCUCUGGUGGAGUGGCGACAUUUUUAACGAACAACUGACCGCCUCGGUCGCUGAAUUCGUCUUCUCUUUGGCGAUUAAUGGGCCUUGCUUCAUUGUGGUGCUAAUGUAUUAUUUGCGGAUAACGGGAUCGCUGACAUCCGAUAAAAUUGGGAAGAAUCAGGAGAAGAGGGACAAGAAUCUGCCGUCCGAUGUCCCGUCUUUCUAUCCAAAAAUGCCUCCACAACCACCAUAUGAGAUGAGGAGGAAGUUGAGACGGCGCGAGUCCAGAUCUCCACUUCGACCUCAGUCUGAGCCAAGAAGGGGAGUUCCAAUUGGUCAGGGGUACAAGAACAACCAAGGACAAUAUCCAAGACCGGAUUUCAGAUAUCCCGGAGAAGAAUACAGAUAUCCAAGCCCUUAUGAAGUGAGGAGUCGACAGCAAAUGUCUCGAGCUGACUCUAGACAGCCUCUGCAACGAUUAGAAGGCUAUAAUCAGCCAACUCAGUCAGUUGGAAGACCCGUGGAUACCCGACAAAAUAGGCCUAGUACCAGACAAUCCAAGCGAUCGUCUAGCCGCAGAACCCAAUCCAGAUCCACGUCAGCCGCUCCAUAUUACAACCAGCAGUUGAAACGGCGGAGUCCUCAGCGAGUUUCGUUCAGCAAUCGGCCCAGAGUUUAUCAGCGGACCCCUUCAGACUCCACUUCCAAUGGGCCGAAAUUGGAAAUCCAAACUGUCAUAUAA